ACCACAGAGAAACUCUGUCUCGAAAAAUAAAAAAUAAAAAAAUCCUGUUAUGUUCUUGCACAUCUGUCUUUGCCGGGGAAGGCUGACAAAGAUGAGGUGACCAGUAGGAGCAGUGUCUUUUACCCUUUAUUACUGACCUGAUGAGCCAAGGAUUCUGAAAACCACCCUCUGAAACCCACAGGCUCAGGGCCUGGAGCCCCAGAUGAGUCACUCAGGCCCUGCCAGAGAGCUCUGUGUCCCUGAUCCGGUUCUACAUAAUCAAAUACAACCCGGUGCAGAUAAUCGGGACAAUGGGGCUGUGUGCUACGGACGGGGGAGGCCAGGGGAGGAGGCUGCAGGCCAGAGCCAGUGGCAGGCUGAGGGGAGACCACGGGGAGCCAGGGUGGCCCACAGGGUCUGGGUCGCUUGCUGGUGUCACGGCAGUAGUAGGGCGGGGGUCCAGCGGCCAGCUUGACCACGGCAGGGCGGGGCUUGCAGCUCGGUAGAGGAUUGGACAGGAGCAGGGGGGGCGCCCCAGAGGCCACCGCUGCGGAUCUUUCCAGCUGCCAGGUGACUCAGCCCCAAAGGCGCGAAAGGGCAAGCACGUGAGGUGCGCGGGAGACGGAGUGGAAGGGGUGUCCCACGUGGGAAAACGGGGCUGUAGGGAGGAGGUGGGACUGGCGCCGUUUCAGAAGACCGUACUUCCGACGUGGGGGUGGUACGCUCUAGGGGGCGGGACACCCCCCAGGGGCCAAGAGCUGGGGCAGGUAGGGGCGUGGCCUUAGGGCCCGCCUCUCCCGCCUCCUCGGCCUGGGGCUCCAAGCACACCGGACGCAGCUGCGCAACCGCCCCACAGCAGGGCCAUGGGUCUUAGUCCUGUCUCGACCCCCCGCGAGCCCGCCCCAUCUGCCGCUUGACUAGAGGCCCAGGGGGUCAUCAUGGGUCAGUGCUACUACAACGAGACCAUCGGCUUUUUCUAUAAUAACAGUGGCAAGGAGCUCAGCCUUCAUUGGCGCCCCAAGGAUGUGGUGGUGGUGGCUCUGGGGCUGGCGGUCAGUGUACUGGUGCUGCUCACCAAUCUGCUGGUUAUCGCAGCCAUCGCCUCCAAUCGACGCUUCCACCAGCCCAUAUACUACCUGCUCGGCAACUUGGCCGCCGCUGACCUCUUCGCUGGCAUGGCCUACCUCUUCCUCAUGUUCCAUACUGGCCCACGAACCGCCAGGCUCUCCAUCAAAGGCUGGUUCCUGCGACAGGGCCUGCUGGACACCAGCCUGACGGCAUCGGUGGCCACACUGCUGGCCAUCGCUGUGGAGCGGCACCGUAGCGUGAUGGCUGUACAGCUCCACAGCCGCCUGCCCCGCGGACGUGUGGUCACACUCAUUGUGGGCGUGUGGGUGGCUGCUCUGGGCCUGGGGUUGCUGCCUGCACACUUCUGGCACUGCCUCUGUGACUUGGACAGUUGCUCACGAAUGGUGCCCCUGUUCAGCCGCUCCUACCUGGCUGCGUGGGCCCUGUCCAGCCUGCUUGUCUUCCUGCUCAUGGUAGCCGUCUACACACGCAUUUUCUUCUACGUGCGUAGACGGGUGGAACGCAUGGCGGAGCAUGUCAGCUGCCAUCCCCGCUACCGAGAGACGACACUCAGCCUAGUCAAGACUGUUGUCAUCAUCCUGGGGGCAUUCGUGGUGUGCUGGACACCAGGCCAGGUGGUGCUGCUCCUAGAUGGUCUGGACUGUAAAUCCUGCAAUGUCCUGGCUGUGGAGAAGUACUUCCUGCUCCUGGCUGAGGCCAACUCACUGGUCAACGCAGUGGUGUACUCCUGCCGAGAUGCCGAGAUGCGCCGCACCUUCCGCCGCCUCCUCUGCUGCAUGUGCUUCCGCUGGUCCAACCACAAAUCUGCCCGCUACUCGUCUUCUGCCCAGACGGGUGCCAGUACCCGAAUCAUGCUUCCUGAGAAUGGCCACCCACUGAUGGACUCCACCCUUUAGCUUCCUUGGACUGAGGCGGGAGACGGGCAGCCAGAGCGUCGCCUGUCUGCACCCCAUGGCCACUUGCAGUUCUCCUGACUCCAUCCAGCCCAGCAGAUGCAUGGCCCUCCAUACUCCCCAAGCCCACAGAUCUGCCUGC